AUGAUUAAUUCAACUUUAUCAAAUUUAUCUUAUUUUAUUCUUGGAGCUUAUUUGCAUGUUGGAAACUUAAGAUACUUUUAUUUCCUGAUAACUGCUUUGCUUUACAUUGUAAUUGUUGCAGUCAACAUGUCUCUCAUUGUGGUUAUCUGUAUGAACAGAAGCUUACAUGAACCUAUGUACCUUUUUCUGUGCAGCCUGUUUGUAAAUGAGCUGUAUGGUAGUACAGGGUUGUUUCCAUUCCUUCUGCUUCAGAUUCUCUCUGACAUUCACACUGUUUCUGCUCCCUUUUGUUACCUGCAGAUUUUCUCUUUGUACUCUUAUGGAAGUAUAGAAUUUGCCAAUUUAGCCGUCAUGUCUUACGACAGAUAUCUUGCUAUCUGUUGUCCUCUACAAUAUAACACACGCAUGACUUUAAACAAGGUAUUUAUAUUUAUCAUUGUGAUAUGGUUGUACUCUUGUGUGAAUAUUCUAAUUCCUUUAACCCUAAACAUCCGGUUGACUCUGUGUGGACACAUCAUUAACAGUUUGUAUUGUCAUAACUACCUAGUAGUUAAGUUGGCGUGCUCUGACACCAGACUGAAUGACAUUUAUGGACUUUUUGUUGUUGUUCUCUCCAUCGUAGUCCCUCUGCUGCCAAUAAUUUUCUCUUACAUAAAAAUUCUUAAGGUUUGUUUUGCUGCUUCCAAACAGACCAGACAGAAAGCUGUCAGUACCUGCACACCUCAGCUUGUGUCUCUGUUGAACUUUUCCUUUGGCUGCAGCUUUGAGAUACUUCAGAGCAGAUUUGAUAUGACCGGUGUUCCCAGUGUGCUGCGUAUCAUUCUCUCUCUGUAUUUUCUCAUCAUACAACCACUUUUGAAUCCUAUCAUGUAUGGAAUGCAAAUGAAACCCAUUUCGGCCGCUUGUACCCGCAAUUUCGUUCCUCCUGCCAAAGGGGAGUGUCUGAAACAGUUUAUUUCUGGGAUGGGAGGGGUCCGCCACAAUCUUUCCUCCACACCUCAGAGUCUUGGAGGUGUACAGGUCCUGAAGAGACGGAAGGUGACAACCAAUCACCUUCUCUCUGAAGAGCGAAUGAUAGACUGCAGUCUGCCCUUGUCCCUGGCGGUGUCAGCAGCGUACCAGAUGGUGACGAAGGAGGUGAGGAUGAACUCCAUGAGUGUUCGCAGGCCGAACUUCUUCUGUACAUCCUCGGCUGGACCUUCUUAG